CAAAAAAUAAUAAUAUACUAAUAAUUUACCCAUACUACAAAACAAUAAGCAUAAAAUACAUUAAUAGAUAUGGGAAUUCCAAAGUUUUUUCGAUGGAUGAGCGAACGAUAUCCGCUAUGCAGUCAAUUAAUUGAAAAUGAUCGGAUUCCUGAAUUUGAUAAUUUAUAUCUAGACAUGAACGGUAUUUUGCAUAAUUGCACGCACAAAAACGAUGAUCACUCGUCGCCUCCACUUCCCGAAGAAGAAAUGUACAUUGCGAUUUUUAAUUACAUUGAACAUCUUUUUGAAAAAAUCAAGCCAAAAAAGCUUUUGUAUAUGGCUGUCGAUGGCUGUGCUCCUAGAGCAAAAAUGAAUCAACAAAGAAGCCGACGUUUUCGAACAGCAAAAGAUGCUCACGAUGCACGCUUAAAGGCAGAAAAAAACGGAGAAGAUUUUCCAGAGGCUCGUUUUGACAGUAAUUGUAUUACCCCAGGAACUACAUUUAUGGAACGAGUGUCACGCCAACUCUACUAUUUUAUUCAUAAAAAGAUUACUAAUGAUUCCAAUUGGAGUAAUGUUCAAGUUAUUCUAUCUGGUCAUGAUACUCCAGGUGAAGGUGAACAUAAAAUCAUGGAAUAUAUACGUAUUCAGAAGGCACAACCCGAUUAUAAUCCCAAUACCCGCCAUUGCUUAUAUGGCUUGGAUGCAGAUUUGAUUAUGCUUGGUCUUUUGUCUCACGACCCUCACUUUUGUUUAUUGAGAGAAGAGGUUACUUUUGGUCCAGCAAGUAAACGCCGCUCUAAGGAGCUGGCAAAUCAAAAAUUUUACUUGUUACAUCUGAGUCUCCUCAGAGAAUAUUUAGAGUUUGAAUUUCAGGAAUGCCGUUCUACCUUUCCCUUUAAGUAUGAUCUCGAAAGAAUUCUUGAUGAUUUUAUUCUAUUGGCAUUUUUCGUCGGUAAUGAUUUUCUCCCUAAUUUGCCAGGUCUUCACAUUAAUGAAGGUGCUUUAGCAUUAAUGUUUAACAUUUAUAAGAAGGUAAUGCCUAAUGCCGGCGGCUACAUCAAUGAACACGGUGUUAUUAAUAUGGAUCGCUUGGAACUUAUAUUACUAGAACUCGAAAUUUUUGAAAAAGAAGUAUUUCGUGCUGAAGUCUAUGAGUCAAAAAAGCAACCAGCAAAUGAAAAACAAUCUUUUGAUUUUCAAAAAUAUCUUAAGACUUUCACUGAUGAUAUAAAAGCUCUGACAAGUGAGCAGAAAGAUUUUUAUGUAACUAUCCGCAAAUUUUUGUCUUCUCGUGACCCCUAUUUAGACUUCCCACCAAAUCUAUCGGUAACCAACCAACGUUUUAUCCGUCAUAUUGCGAAUGAAUUGCAUCUUUCUUGUGCUAAGUUAGCGAGAGCGGAUGGCACCGAGCACCUGAGGGUUGCUUUUAAAGAUUUGGCAUUUGAUGGUGAUGAUGAAGUAGAACAGGAUGAGAUUGAAAGAGUUCUACAAAAGUAUGACCAGCUCCCAUUGCUACUCGAAGAUCAGCUUAAACAAGAAGCCAGCGUUGAAGAUGAUUUCAUCCAAUGGAAGGAUGCCUAUUACCGCGAGAAGGUACACUUUAGCUACUUUGACGAAGAUGCUUUGCGAGAUAUGACUCAAAGAUACGUCGAAGGUUUACAAUGGGUUCUCUUCUAUUAUUACCGUGGUUGUCAAUCUUGGGGUUGGUAUUAUAAUUACCAUUAUUCUCCCAAAAUUUCCGAUGUUUUGAAGGGCUUGAGAGUGAAAAUCGAUUUUAAAAUGGGAACGCCUUUCCGUCCUUUUGAGCAACUUAUGGCCGUACUGCCAUCCAGAAGCAGUGCACUGGUUCCUCCUUCUUUUAGAGAACUUAUGUUCAGUUCUGAAUCCCCAAUUAAAGAUUUUUAUCCCGAUGACUUUGCUUUAGAUCAGAAUGGCAAGACUGCUAGUUGGGAAGCUGUUGUGAUAAUUCCUUUCAUUGAUGAACGUCGACUUUUGGAUGCUUUGCACUCUCGGGAGAAUCUUUUGACGGAUAAUGAACGCGAACGUAACAAGUUUAGACCUCCAACUUUGUUUACUUUAGCUGAAAACUAUACAUCUACUUUUCCUUCUUCACUGCCCUACGUAUUCCCUGACUUAAUUACAAGAUGUGUCGAACAACCAUACCAGCUCCCAUCUAUGGAAGGUAAACAAUAUUUGGUUGGUUUAUGCCCAGGAGUUUAUUUAGGUGCCUUCGGCAUGGUAGGAUUCCCAUCGUUUCACACAUUGAAGCAUACAGCGGAACUCUCUUUUCAUGGUAUAAACGUUUUUGGAAAUGAAAGCAAAAAUCCGAGCGUGAUUGUUCACGUUCACAAUCAAAGACAAGCAUUAACAAAUGAACAGCUUGCUGCUCAGUAUAUCGGUCGAAGAAUAUUCGUAGAUUGGCCAUAUCUGCGUGAAGCUUUUGUUGAGAGCGCCACAGACGAGAAUACUGUCUACCAAAAAUUCGACGGUAGACUUGAACAGCGAGAGUUAAAUGAAAAUGAAAAGAAACUCUUUGAACGAAAGGUCUCCUCUAAAAGCAGAGAGUAUAGCAAGCGCUUCGGUGUACUUUCAGGAGAUAUGCAUUUUAUGUUGCAAGUUCGCCCUAUUAAAGGUUUACAGUACACCCAAGAAGGUGCUUUGGUGAAAGCUUUUAAUGAGAAUGUUUUAGAUGACUACCCAAUUCAGUUGGUCGUCGAUAAAAUUGCUAUUGACGAUCCACGUUUUGUUGAAAAAGAAGCCCCUCCUGUUGAGGUUGAAUAUCCUCCAGGUACGAAAGCGUUCCACUUAGGUGAAUACAAUUAUGGCAGACCUGCUCAAGUGAUUGGUUGUAAAAAUAACAAGCUGGCUAUUUGGCUCUCUACCGCUCCAGGUUUGGAUGCUUCUUGGGGUCGUAUAAUCGUGGACGAUGCCAAAUCUAAGAAAAGGUAUUAUCCUUCUUACGUUGUUGCUAAAAUGCUCAAUUUGCAUCCUCUGCUUUUAAGUAAAAUUACGGCUAGUUAUCUCGUCACAGUUGGCAAUAAAAGAGAGAAUAUCGGUUUGAAUUUGAAGUUUGAUGCCAGGAACCAGAAGGUUUUAGGAUACUCUAGGAAAAGUGGUACCGGGUGGGAGUUUUCUGAUAAAGCAAUCUUGCUGAUAAAGGAAUAUAUGGAUACUUUUCCGCAGUUAUUUCAUAUCCUUACCACACAUGCUACCAAAGAGAAUGUGACCGCUAAUGAUUUGUUUCCUAAGGAAGAAGGGGGAAAGUUAACAGCUGUUAAGGCUUGGAUGAAGGAAAAGGAAAUUAGUUCUCUCCAUCGAGUAGCUUUGGAUGAAGAUGCCUUGGAUACAGAAAAUAUUCAAAUGAUAGAAGAAAAAGCUGCCUCUGUUGAUUCCACUUACCAAGUUCCUCGAAAAGUUUUUGGUGUUCCUCGUUAUGCUUUACUUAAGCCAUGUCAAACUAAGAGUUUGCUUCACCGACAAACAUUUUCCUUGGGUGAUCGUGUUGUUUAUGUUCAAGAUUCUGGUAAAGUUCCUAUAGCUGCUUAUGGUACGGUUGUCAGUAUUGCAUCCCACCAGCUUGACGUCGUUUUUGACUUACCAUUCAUGAGUGGCACAACACUGGAUGGGAAAUGUUCUCCAUAUAGAGGAAUGCAAGUUGAACCCUCCAUGAUCUUAAACGUAACUGAUCCUCAAUUUGUCGUUACUACUCGUGCUGGAACCGCUAGAAAGAAUAAGUCUGAAACAAGUACUAGUCCGUCUCGUCCUAGACCAACUCCUUCGAGCCGCCUCGUUACCGAAUAUAGUUCAGCUUACCCAACUCCACCUCCUCCCUCUACUAGUGCCUGGGCCAAAAAUGUAGAAACAAGAUCAUCAAAUGACCAGUCGUUGCAUAGUGUUCCUCCUUUACCUUCUGGAAACACGAAACUCGAUAAUAAACCGAUAUUUAAACCAAAUAGGAAAUCGACGCAAGCAAAUCACUAUCGUCAUUCUAACGGACAUUCACCAAAUCAUAGAGGACGAGGUGGUAAACGCGGAGGUAGAGUAUAUCGCCCAAACUCCGAGACGCGUGAUGUUACAAAAAAACUAAAUGAAGUUCAAAUUCAGGACUAAAUUCAGAUAGAUACAAUCUUCUCAUGAUCUGUAUAUGGCCCUUACUUUUUGGCAUUUUUGUUAGUUUACAUUUAGAUUGUUUUCUAUAGAGCGAAUAAUUAUGAAUUAUCUAAAUAUCUAUAUGAAUCUAAUAUUUGAAAUUGUG